AUGGAACGGAAUUUGAUUCCCAGCGGUGCCUCAGUGGUGGUGGUGGACGAUGUGCUUGCUACGGGGAAGACGCUUUGUGCGGUGCUAGAUUUGUUAGAUAAGGCUAACGUCGGUGCUAAGGAUGUCAGCAUCUUGGUUGUGGCUGAGUUCCCUGUUCACCGCGGCCGGGAAUUAUUGCGCCAACGCGGGUAUGGCGGAGUCGAUGUCCAAAGCCUUUUAGUCUUUGGGGGUGCUUAG